CAAAACCCCUUUCCAUACCGCCAUUAAUAAUAAUGUUUCUUCUUCUUUUUCUUUCCUUCCUCUCUCUUCUUUCACUCCUCCCCCCGCCUCCACUCGCCGCCGCCUCCGCCGUCAUCACCACCGGCGCCGGCCACGCAAUUGCAUACCCCUCCUUCGAACACCUCAACGUCAAAGACUCCAUCGCCACCGCCACUCAGCUCCUCCGCCCCGCCGCCACCACCACCACCACCAACCAAUACACCGACAGCGGCGACAAUGCCUCCCCCCAAAACACCACCGCCAAGCUCCACCUCUUCCACCGCGACAAACUCCCAUCCUCCUGGCACAACGACCACCGCCGCCGCUUCGACGCCCGCCUGAAAAGAGACGCCCGCCGCGUCGCCGCCUUGAUCCGCCGCAGCCAUCGACCCUCCGACGUCUACCAGGCCGCCGACUUCGGCUCCGACGUCGUCUCCGGCAUGGACCAGGGCAGCGGCGAGUACUUCGUCCGGAUCGGCGUCGGCAGUCCCGCCCGGAGCCAAUACAUGGUCAUCGACUCCGGCAGCGACAUCGUGUGGGUCCAAUGCCAGCCCUGCCGCCAAUGCUACCACCAGUCCGACCCGGUUUUCGACCCGGCCGCCUCCGCCUCCUUCUCCGGCGUCUCCUGCUCCUCCACCGUCUGCGACCAAGUCGAGAAUUCCGGCUGCCACGCCGGCCGGUGCAAGUACGAAGUCUCCUACGGCGACGGAUCGUACACCAAAGGCACAUUGGCUCUAGAAACUCUCACCGUCGGCCACAUGACCAUCCAAAACGUCGCAAUCGGGUGCGGCCACAUGAACCGGGGGAUGUUCGUAGGCGCCGCCGGUUUAUUAGGCCUCGGCGGCGGCUCGAUGUCGCUCGUCGGCCAAUUGGGCGGCCAGACCGGCGGCGUGUUCAGCUACUGUUUGGUGAGUCGGGGCACCGAAUCAUCCGGGUCGUUGGAAUUCGGGCGAUCCACUUUGCCCGUCGGGGCUGCAUGGGUCCCGUUGCUCCGGAAUCCACGGGCUCCGAGUUUUUACUACAUCGGGUUAUCGGGUCUGGGUGUGGGCGGUACCCGGGUACCCAUAUCCGAGGACAUUUUCCGUCUGGACGAGCUAGGCAACGGCGGGGUGGUGAUGGACACCGGCACGGCGGUGACGCGGCUGCCGGCGGCCGCAUACGCGGCGUUCCGCGACACAUUUAUGGCACAGACCGCCAACUUGCCACGUGCUCCGGAGGUUUCGAUAUUCGACACGUGCUAUGAUCUAAACGGGUUUGUGACAGUCCGGGUUCCGACCGUAUCGUUUUUUUUGUCGGGCGGGCCGAUCCUGACCCUACCCGCCCGGAACUUCAUUAUUCCGGUGGACGAGAAGGGCACAUUUUGCUUUGCAUUUGCACCAUCGCCAUCAAGUUUGUCGAUAAUAGGAAACAUUCAACAAGAAGGCAUCCAAAUCACAUUUGAUGGGGCUAAUGGCUACGUGGGAUUUGGACCUAAUGUUUGCUAGUGAAAAAUUUUGAAGUGUCUAAAUUGUAGAGUAGUAUUUGCUUUGCCCAUUGAAGGGAAGUGUUUGUUACAUAUAUAUAUAUAUAUAGCAUAUAGUGAUAUAUAAGUUACACAUAGAUAUAUAUGUGUGUAUAAAAAGUGUCAUGUGGGCUAUUGUCUUAGGAAUGAAUAUUGGUGAUAUAUCCAAGAAAAUGGAGAUGUCCUCGUGCAAGAGCAAUAAAUGUAAUGAAAAAAAUAUGUGUAUAUUUAUGUUUGUGAAGCCAUCCAACUUUUGCAAAGACUUU